CAUUAUAUAUAUAAUUAUGUCCGAAUCACAAAAAUUAUUGCUUCAAUUUUUAUAUUCUGGGUUUCGCUGGAAUCUCAGAAGAGAAGAACAAGUUGUUGGUCAAUUGGGUUCUGUUUCUGUAACAUUUGCCAUUCUGGAUCUGAGAAGAGGUCAGUCAAUGCUCUAUGAUUGCUACAACUCACUCGUAUUCACUUGCGCCCACUUUGAUAGUUUCUUGUAUUAACUGAGGGAUGAGUUUCAGUUAGUUCAUUUAAGGUGCUUGUGAAGGGGUUGGGGGUCAAGAAGAUGGAGACAUAGUUGUGGGUUUGUCUCAGUAGAGUCUUCUAUGAUAAUGCUUUCUAUUCAGAAGUGGAAAUGUUCAUGGUCUCAGAUAGCAACGAUUGCUUCUAUUGUGGCAUUGGCCUCUAUAAUAUUGGGUUCGAUAGUUCAUCUGUUCUGGUUUCCGUUGGUUCCUUCUUUCAAUUACUUCAGUCAAGCUCAGAACUCUUGUGUCCCAAUUAAUGGAUCAGCUGAAGCAGUUAUUGAUAAUGUUAAGGGAAAUUUUAAACCACCUAUUGACCUAGAUCGACAGUUUCCAUCUGACUUGCACAAGGCAGUUGUUUUCCGUGGUGCACCAUGGAAGGCUGAGAUUGGCCGGUGGCUUUCUGGUUGUGAUCCAAUUUCUGAUGAAGUCAACAUCAAUGAGGUAAUAGGUGGCAGUGGCUGCAAAAAUGACUGCAGUGGUGAAGGCGUCUGUAAUCGUGAAUUGGGACAAUGUCGGUGCUUUCAUGGAUACAGUGGGGAAGGAUGCUCUGAGAGACUGCAGCUGGAAUGCAACUACCCAGGAUCACCAGACCAACCAUAUGGGAGAUGGGUUGUCUCCAUUUGCUCUGCGCAUUGUGACACAACAAGAGCAAUGUGCUUCUGUGGGGAAGGCACAAAAUACCCAAAUCGACCUGUGGCAGAGGCAUGUGGCUUUCAAGUGCAGUUACCCUCUGAACCUGGUGCACCUAAACUGACUGAUUGGGCGAAAGCUGACCUGGAUAAUGUUUUCACAACAAAUGGUAGCAAACCAGGAUGGUGUAAUGUGGAUCCUGCUGAAGUGUAUGCUCACAAGGUGCAAUUCAAAGAGGAAUGUGAUUGCAAAUAUGAUUGUUUCUGGGGGCGGUUCUGUGAAGUGCCUGUGCUAUGCACUUGUAUUAAUCAAUGCUCGGGGCAUGGGAAUUGCCGUGGUGGAUUUUGUCAGUGUGACAAUGGCUGGUAUGGAAUAGAUUGCAGCAUUCCCUCUGUUGCAUCAUCAGUUAGAGAGUGGCCUCAAUGGCUUCGGCCUGCUCAGGUUGAUGUUCCUGAUAGUUCACAUCUCCCAGGGAAAGUUGUCAACCUCAAUGCUGUUGUGAAAAAGAAAAGGCCCCUUAUAUAUGUUUAUGAUUUGCCUCCAGAUUUCAACAGCCUACUUCUUGAGGGGCGUCACUUUAGGUUAGAGUGUGUAAACCGAAUCUAUGAUGGCAAAAAUUCAACACUGUGGACAGAUCAACUGUAUGGUGCCCAGGUUGCACUUUAUGAAAGUAUCUUGGCUAGUCCGUAUCGUACAUUAAAUGGUGAAGAAGCAGAUUUCUUCUUCGUUCCUGUUCUUGAUUCAUGCAUUAUAACUCGUGCCGAUGAUGCCCCUCAUUUGAGUAUGCAGGAGCACAAGGGCUUGAGGAGCUCUCUCACUCUGGAAUAUUAUAGGAAGGCUUAUGAUCACAUUGUUGAACAGUAUCCCUUCUGGAACCGCUCAUCUGGAAGAGACCAUAUUUGGUUUUUUUCAUGGGAUGAAGGUGCUUGCUAUGCUCCCAAGGAGAUAUGGAAUAGCAUGAUGUUGGUUCACUGGGGAAACACAAACUCAAAACAUAUGCAUUCAACAACAGCCUAUUGGGCUGACAACUGGGAUACCAUUCCUUCUGAUAAAAGGGGUAACCAUCCCUGCUUUGACCCUGAUAAAGAUCUUGUACUUCCUUCCUGGAAAAGUCCUGAUGUCAACUCCUUAAGCUCAAAACUUUGGGCUAGAUCCCAUGACACACGGAAAACGCUCUUCUACUUCAAUGGAAAUCUGGGACCAGCUUACCCAAAAGGAAGACCAGAAGCUUCCUAUAGCAUGGGCAUCAGACAGAAGCUGGCAGAAGAAUUUGGUUCAAGCCCUAACAAGGAAGGGAAACUUGGAAAACAACAUGCAGAAGAUGUGAUUGUUACCCCGCUACGGUCUGAAAACUAUCAUGGGGAUUUAGCCAGUUCUAUCUUCUGCGGGGUAUUUCCUGGUGAUGGUUGGAGUGGUCGUAUGGAAGACAGUAUUUUACAAGGGUGCAUUCCUGUUGUCAUUCAGGAUGGAAUUUUCCUGCCAUAUGAAAAUGUGCUCAACUAUGAUAGUUUUGCUGUUCGGAUACGUGAAGACGAAAUUCCAGAUUUGAUAAAUAUUCUUCGGGCAUUUAAUGAGACAGAAAUAAAGUUCAGGCUAGCAAAUGUGCAGAAAAUUUGGCAGAGGUUUUUGUAUCGUGAUUCUAUUAUGCUCGAAGCUGAGAGGCAAAAAACUGAUUUUGGCCAUAUGGAAGAUUGGGCAGCUCAGUUCUCACAAUUGAUUGAAGAUGAUGUUGUUGCAACAUUUGUACAGGUUUUGCAUUACAAGUUGCAUAACGACCCUUGGAGGCAACAUGUUCAUGUUAAAAAGGAGUUCGGGUUACCUCGAGAAUGUUUGUUUAAAGGCAACUGAGGAAAUGUGCUUACUGCUAAACUAAUUUUAACACCUUAAGGGCUCACUAGGUUACAGGAAGCAAGCAUGGCAAGUUGGCAUUCAAACGAGAACCUCACCACAUGGCAGCAUCCAGUUAGAUAGGACUUGAAAGCCAGCCAGCCAGGUCUUCUCACUUCUACUCCUCUUCUAGCCAAUUUUGGACCCAAAUCUGUGAAAUUUGGGUAUACGUCUUUUGUCCAAAUGGAAUUACCUUAAUUUAUCUUUUUUAUAUUUUGUUUACUGUGAAUGGUAACUUGUAACUGAAGUAUUAGGCAGAUGCUAGUCUGUGAUGCAUGUGGGCCCUACUGUGGGGCCCAUAUUCAUCUCGGUUGGAAGUCAUCUGUGCAAGCACGAAGGACUGUCAUAAACGUCUGGUCCAAUUACGCGGAGAC